AUGUGUUUACUGGGCUUACGAAGAGGCUGUCGGAUAUGGCCUCGUCGCCUCCUAUCUGUUGCUGUUGAUAUCAAUGUGCAUGCUCAUUGUAGAGGACAACUAUGGUUGUCAAAGACUCGCAGAGAAUACUCGGCAAGCCACCAUGAACCGAGUAUUGAAAGAACCCGCAAUAUUGGCAUCAUUGCCCAUAUCGAUGCCGGUAAGACAACAACUACUGAGCGUAUGCUCUAUUAUAGUGGCUACACCCGUCGAAUAGGAGAUGUUGAUGAAGGCUCUACUAUCACGGAUUUCCUCCCAGCAGAGCGAGCUCGAGGUAUUACUAUCCAGUCUGCCGCUGUAACGCUUGCCUGGCCACCAUUUACGAAUGAGGUUCCCAAGCCCAUCGCCGAUGCACCAAAGUCUCACGUGCCACACACAAUCAACCUUAUCGACACGCCAGGACAUGCUGACUUCACUUUUGAGGUCCUUCGAUCCUUGAGAAUCCUUGACGGAGCAGUAUGUAUCCUCGAUGGCGUUGCUGGAGUCGAAGCCCAAACAGAGAAAGUCUGGGCCCAGGCAAAUAAUUACAGCAUUCCGAGAAUUAUCUUCGUUAACAAGCUCGAUCGAGAUGGCGCUGCUUUUGAAAGAACUAUCAAACAAAUUGGUACGAGACUACGAGGCUGGCCAGCUGUCUGUCAAAUUCCUUGGUGGGAAGGAGGCAAGGGCAAGUUUACUGGAGUUGGAGAUGCCAUCAACCUGUGUGCUUUGAAGUGGAAGGAAGGAGGUGAUGGAAAGAGCAUUGAGAAGUUCGACCUAAAAGAGCUCAUGCAGGAGGACACAGGACUACGAGAGGAAGUAUUAAAAGCUAGGAGUGCUCUAGUUGAAGUUCUCUGUGAGUUUGAUGAACACCUUCUUACCACUUGGAUGGACUGUGGCGAUGAUGCUCUUGCUGUGCCUGCGCAGGCGAUUCGGGACAGCCUGAGACGUUGUACUCUUGAUGGCUCUGGGCGGCUCAUUCCGGUCUUCGCUGGGGCAAGCUUUAGAAAUAUCGGAGUGCAGCCGCUUCUUGAUGCUGUUGAUGACUACCUACCCAACCCAACGGAAAGACCAGAUCCUGAGAUCAGUCUAGGAAGUCAAAAAGCCAGCCUGCCGGACCUUCUGAGUGGAAAAGUUUCAGCCGCUGCGACUGGCGGCAAACAGGUUAUGAAGAAAGGGCACUCUCCGCAGGCGGUAGUUGCCCAUAUCGCGGCAUGUGCCUUAGCCUUCAAAGUGGUUAAUGACGCCCGUCGCGGCGUUCUUGUCUACGUUCGUGUCUACUCGGGUUCGAUCAAACGGAACACUCCAUUAUGGAAUACAUCACUCCAUGUAACCGAGCCCGCCCAACGAUUACUCCAGAUGCAAGCGUCUGAUGCCGUCGAGAUAUCGCAUAUCCCUGCUGGACAAAUUGGUGUGAUCGCUGGUUUGAAGCACGCUCGCACAGGAGAUACUCUAAUCUCCUACCCUGGUGUCAAUCCUAAGACUGGUCCACCAGCUCCUCUGAGCACUCUUCAGUUACGGCCGAUAGAUGUUCCCCCGCCGGUAUUUUUCGCUGCAAUCGAACCACACAGUCUUAGCGAGGAGAAGAAUGUUAAAGAUCUUCUUCAAUUAAUGCUCCGAGAAGAUCCAAGUCUCCAUGUCAACGUUGACGAAGAGUCGGGGCAAAUGCUACUGAGCGGGAUGGGAGAACUCCAUCUUGAGAUCGCUCGAGAUCGACUUGUCAAUGACUUCAAAGCCAAGGUAACAAUGGGCAACAUCGAAAUCAGCUAUCGCGAAUGUGUUCUGUCCCCGACAUCUGCCAACCGGGUUCUUUUCGAUCGAGAAGUUGCUGGAAAGAAAGGCAAGGCCGCAUGUGAAGCUUCCAUCGAGCCAUUCAACGAAUUUUCAACGCCAUCCAACCACACCGUCGAGCGUGAUGGAAACCAUAUCACAGUCCGAUUACCAAAUUCCUGGGAAGAAGGCACUUCUGAAGGCCAGACUCUACCUCUAGAUCUGCCAUUGGCGCUGUUACAGUCAGCAUUGAUCAAUGGAGCAGCCGCUGCUUUGGCAAGAGGUCCUCGACGCGCCUUCCCUCUUCACUCCAAUCACGUGAUCUUAAAAUUUGAUCCCGUGUCCGAUAUCUUCGGCUCUGACACCUCGCCUGCCGCUCUUUCCUCCGCCUCCAGACUCGCCGUCAAAGCAGCUCUCGAAGAAGCAUUUGCAAACGACUCGAUCGGGCUCAUGGAGCCUGUCAUGAAUGUAGUCAUCAGUUGCAAUGAAGGAACCCUCGGUGCCAUCGUCCACGAUCUAUCCUCUGCUCGCGGCGGACAUGUUCUCUCACUCGAGAACGAUGGAAACGAAGAUUCAUCUUCUGAUAAUCCUUCCAUCGAUGUGAACCGAAUAUACGCUCCGCCCGAUCCAUUUGCAUCCAGCGGCAGCACUAAUGCAGCCGGGCCAGGCCAGCAGCGACAGGUGACAGCGAGGGUGCCGUUAAAGGAGAUGGUGGGAUACUUGAAGCAUUUGCGAAGUUUAACGGGCGGGCGGGGGACUUUUGUCAUGAGUGUCGAUAAGUUUGAACGGCUUUCAGGGCCGAGGGAGAAGGCGGUGUAA